CUGAUUGGGGAUAGAUACUGUCGAUACCAAUGCUACAAGAUCGUAUAGUGGUUAAUUCCAACGUCUAACAGAUCAUAUAUCAUAUAUUAUGGUAUGUAUGUGCUAUGAAUAGCAACAUAUAAUAUACUUACGAACCACAACAGCAGAGUUGCUUGCAUGCAGUGUAUCAACAGCUUAAUCUAGGCCAUAUACCGGUAUUUUUGCUAUAGAUAAAAACAUAGAACACACAUCAAACUAUACAUACACAGCAUAGUUACAAAAGGAUGUCAUUUGCGGCGAGACGCUCAAAGAAACCAAAGGCCGUGCGCCGACGGUUCUCCAAUAGCGAUGAUGACGAUGAAAUUCUACCAACACAAGUGAAAAGUACGGAUACAAGUGCUAAAACAAAUACUAAUACUAGUAUGAACACAGAAACAACUACUGUGACGUCUACAGGCACGGAUACUGUGAACAAAAGUAUAGGUAUGAGUAUAGGUGGACAACCUGCGAACGCAGCUACGCAUUCAAGUGUAAGUAUAGGUGGUAGUGGAAGUACGAUAGUGGGCAAGACCAGUGAGGAUAUCAAGGAUGCUGAUUCAGCCAACAGUGUCGCUUUCAAGAAGAGAGCAAAAGGUAGGUGA